AUGGCUGGGCGAAAACUUGCUCUAAAAACCAUUGACUGGAUAGCUUUUGGGGAGACCAUACCCCAAAACCAAAAGGCCAUUGCUAAUUCCCUGAAGUCCUGCAAUGAGACCCUCACCUCCAGGUUGCCUACUUUAUCUGAGAAUCCACCAGCGAUCAACUGGGAUUACUACAAGGCCAAUGUGGCCAAGGCAGCCUUGGAGGAUGACUUUGAGAAGAAGUUUAAUUCUUGUGCUAAGUGGGUGCCUCUCUCAAAGGCCAGGAUUGUAGAAUAUGAGAAACAGAUGGAGAAGAUCAAGAACUUAAUUCCAUUUGAACAGAUAAGCAUUGAGGACUUGAACGAAGCUUUCCCAGAAACCAAUAGACAAGCAAAAUAUCCCUAA